GAGAUUGAAUGAUAAAAUAAAAACGUUUUCAUUAAAUUUUUUUUUCAGAACAAUGUAGAAUGUGAUGGGAGCAUUUGGUAUUCGAGGGAUGUGUUGGAGACGAAACAGGAUGAAACAAAUCUAUGCUGGUCUUCUAGUCUCUUCUAUUCUCAUAGGAAUAUGGUUACUUCUCCAGGCCCAGACUGAGCACAAUGAUACAGUAUUCAAACUCAACCAGGAGAUACAGACACUUAGAGCCAAGAUACACAGGAUACAGACUCAUGAAGUUGAUACCUCGAUACCAAUUAUUUAUGUGAUAACUCCGACAUACACUAGACCAGUUCAAAAAGCUGAGUUGACCCGUCUUAUGAAUGCAUUUACCCUUGUUCCUAAUCUUCACUGGAUAAUUGUUGAAGAUUCAAGUUCUAAAACUGACCUUGUGAAGAAUCUAUUAACGAGCUUCCCCAAACCUUCUACUCAUCUUAAUAUUCAGACUCCUGCCAAGAUGAAACUUAAACCUAAGGAUAAGUGGUGGAGCAAGCCUAGAGGGGUUUUUCAGAGAAAUCUAGCACUUAGUUGGCUAAAGGAAAAUGAGAAAAAUAAAGAAGGAAUCAUUUAUUUUGCCGACGACGACAAUACUUAUUCAGUUGAUCUGUUUGAAGAGAUCCGAGGCACUAAACGGGUUUCCGUCCUUCCUGUCGGUCUCGUGGGAGGAGUUAAAGUCGAGAAACCACAAGUAUCUGGUGGUAAAGUGGUUGGAUGGGAGGUUGGUUGGGGGAAUGAACGACCGUUUGCUGUUGACAUGGCGGGGUUUGCCAUCAACCUUCAGUACUUUUUAAAGCACACAGACGUAAAGUUCUUGGAGCAGGUGAAAGUCGGACAUCAGGAGUCUGAGUUCUUAUUUCAGUUGGUUUCAUUAGACCAACUUGAACCUGUGGCCGUUGGAAGGGUGUUAGUGUGGCAUACUCGUACGCAAGCUUUGAACCUUAACAGAGAGGAUUGGUUCUUGAAACAUUAUGGUUAUAGUUCAGAUACUGGCAUAGAACUAUGAUUCUAUAGAUAUAGUUCAGAUACUGGCAUAGAACUAUGAUUCUAUAGAUAUAGUUCAGAUACUGGCAUAGAACUAUGAUUCUAUAGAUAUAGUUCAGAUACUGGCAUAAAACUAUGAUUCUAUAGAUAAAGCUCAGAUACUGGCAUAAAAUUAUGAUUCUAUAGAUAUAGUUAAGAUACUGGCAUAGAACUACGAAUAUAGUUCGAGUAAUGGCAAUCAAAGUCACAAUGUCUACCGUAUCAUACUGUGAUAAAAUAUUAUUUAACACUCACGUCGAUAACUUUUGUAACUGUUGAUUAACAGCAGCUGUAAUAUUUUCAUGUGCCAGAGGCAGAAUUUAAUGAAUUUGAAUUGCGUUUAGGCUUGUUAACUUGAAAUUUUAAUCAUUGUUUCGAGAUUUGAGCUAGCGCGCGAUUUGAACCGGUGAUUGGCGGUUCAGCGACGCGGUUCAAAUUCAUUAAAUUCGGCCUUAGGAUUCAUCAAUCAGCCGUGGUAUAUUUUUAGACUUCCCCUCCCUCUGACUUCAGGUGCAAAUUUGAAAAUGAGAUUUUUGUAUUUAGUAAAUUUUAUAUUUUACCUCAAAAAACCAUUAUUACAAAAAUGAUUUUUAGGAAAUAUUUAGCUCUUUUAAUACUGUAUUUUUUUAUUGUCUUUAUCUUAAACCGAUAUUAUUUUCUGAUCUGUAAUACAUUUUAGUCAUAAUAUUUCAUGUUGAAAUUUUUAUUUGUUAAUUGUUGAAUAGCAGAUUACAACUCUGAUUUUUCAAUGAAUGUCGAUAGUUGACCGGUUAUUAUUAUUGUUACAAUUUUUUUAGAUCUGCCAAUGCUUAAUGGGACUGUACGCGUAAUUUCAAGUGACCCUCCAUGCUAAGAUGACAAUGUUCGAUUUUUCUUCCACAAUUUUUAUAAGAUGAAGGUUUCAAGGGUUCCGUUGUAAAUUGGGCAUUAAUAUCGGAGAGUCACGUGAAAUUACGCUUACAGUCCCU